AAAAGGCAGGUUGAACUAGGGAGUUAUUACCACUGAGGCAAGAUGACCAAGCUCACCCUCCUCACUGGUCUGCUCCUCGUGCUGACGGCUGAGGCAGGUUCUGCCUACCAGCUGACAUGCUACUUCACCAACUGGGCCCAGUACCGGCCGGGCCUGGGGCGCUUCAAGCCCGAGGACGUCGAUCCCUGCCUCUGUACUCACCUGAUCUACGCCUUUGCGGGGAUGAGAAACAACGAGAUCACCACCAUCGAGUGGAAUGACCUGACCCUCUACCAGGCUUUCAACGACCUGAAAAACAAGAACAGUCAACUGAAGACUCUCCUGGCUAUCGGCGGCUGGAACUUUGGAACUGCCCCCUUCACUGCCAUGGUCUCCACUCCUGAGAACCGCCAGACUUUCAUCACCUCGGUCAUCAGAUUCCUGCGGGAGCACGGGUUUGACGGGCUGGACUUGGACUGGGAGUACCCCGGCUCCCGGGGCAGCCCGCCUCAGGACAGGCAUCUCUUCACCGUCCUGGUGCAGGAAAUGCGUGAGGCCUUUGAGCAGGAGGCCAAGCAGGUCAACAAGCCCAGGCUGAUGGUCACCGCCGCGGUAGCUGGUGGCAUCGCCAACAUCCAGGCUGGCUACGAGAUCCCCCAGCUGUCCCAGUACCUGGACUACAUCCAUGUCAUGACCUAUGACCUCCAUGGAUCCUGGGAGAGCUACACAGGAGAAAACAGCCCCCUCUACAAAUACCCAGCUGAUACCGGCAGCAACGCCUACCUCAAUGUGGAUUACAUCAUGAGCUACUGGAAGGACAACGGUGUCCCUGCAGAGAAGCUCAUCGUUGGAUUCCCAACCUACGGACACACCUUCCUCCUGAGCAACCCCUCCAACCAUGGGAUCGGGGCUCCUACCACCGGUCCCGGCCCCGCUGGGCCCUACACCAGGCAGUCUGGGUUCUGGGCCUACUAUGAGAUCUGUACCUUCCUGAAGAAUGGAGCUACUGAGGUGUGGGAGGCUUCUCAAGACGUCCCCUACGCUUACAAAGGCAAUGAGUGGCUUGGCUAUGACAACACCAAGAGCUUCAGAAUCAAGGCUGAGUGGCUGAAGAAGAACAACUUUGGAGGCGCCAUGAUCUGGGCCAUCGACCUGGAUGACUUCACGGGCACUUUCUGUAACGAGGGCAGAUUCCCCCUGACCACCACCCUGAAGGAGGCCCUGGGCCUGCAGAAUGCAAGUUGCAAAGCCCCAGCCCAGCCCAUUGCUCCCAUCACCGAGGCUCCCGGCACAGGUGGAGGCAGCGGCGGCAGUGGGAGCGGCAGCGGCGGGGGCGGCCGCGGCGGCAGCAGUGGCAGCUCAGGGGACAGCCCCAGUGGCAGCGGAUUCUGUGCCAACAGGGCCAGCGGCCUGUACCCCGACCCCACUGACAGAAACGCCUUCUACAACUGCGCGAACGGACAGACCUUCCUUCAGCGCUGCCCGCCUGGCCUGGCCUUUGACGCCUCCUGUUCCUGCUGCAACUGGUGAUAUCAUGGCCAGACAUCGUGUCCGCUGCUCCAGCUCAGAAAUUGUUGCACAAUAAAGGGCGGAGCACUCCCCUGCAGCGGCUUCUGCUUCUUUUCUGGCAG